UUACAGAGCGAAGACCUUAUUCGAACGGUUGCACUUGUUUUGACUUUAGUUCUUGAUGGGUUGUGUAGUUGUGCGAACGUGUAUGGUAGUAACGAACGCGAUUCACAUCUAAACGAGAUAUUUGAAUUCAGUUUUUUUUUAACGUCGGUACAUUUUGUUUUUAAAACGAGUUCGGUUGAUACUGAAGCAAAAUAUUAUUUGCUUUUACUUUGAAAAGAAUCGAUAUUAUAUCACCUACAACCAAUUUUUGUAUCGUUCGAAGGAACUGUGAAUAUCUAAAAUAUAAAUAUUGUGGAAAGUGUCUUCUCUCUUUUGUCGAUUGACGAUAAUGUUGUAGACAAAGAAGAACAAAGUCCUGUGCUUUAAGUUGUUCAAUUAAAAAAAAAAAAAUAGAAAAAAUAAAAAACAAAAUAGAAAUAAAAAUAGAUAUGUUACCGGAAACUCAAUGCGAAGCAAUGAUUGUUCGAGGUGCCACCGAUUUUUCAAUAGCUGCAAUAAUGGGUCAACAGACCCUUUGCAUAGAACCACCUGAUAAAAGUUCAAGUCCACUAUCGGUUGAAAGUUUCCAUGAAGAUGAUGACAAUGCAAUAAUCGAUGUUGAAGAAGAUUAUAAAAUUCCAAUAACUAACAAACAAAUCUGUCGACCAUCAAAAUCAUCACUAGCAUCACCCGUAUCUAAUCUUUCGGACGAUGAAAGAUUAUCACCUGAUUCAGUGCAGACACGCCCAAGCUUAUUAGGAUCAUGUAACUGUGAUGAAUUAAAGCCUAUUCAGUGUCACUUGGAGACCAAAGAUUUAUGGGAAAAAUUUCACGAUUUAGGAACUGAAAUGAUCAUCACAAAAACGGGACGACGAAUGUUUCCCACCGUACGUGUAUCAUUUUCUGGACCACUCAGACCGUCUAAGCCAACCGAUUUCUACGCCGUAUUAUUGGACAUUAUACCGGUCGAUUCGCGACGAUAUCGUUAUGCGUAUCAUCGAUCGGCAUGGUUAGUGGCUGGCAAAGCUGAUCCACCACCACCGCCUCGACUACACGCUCAUCCCGACACACCAUUCACAUGCGAAGCACUAACCAAACAAGUUAUUUCAUUCGAAAAGGCCAAGCUCACGAAUAAUGAAUUGGAUCGAAAUGGACAAGUCGUUCUGAAUUCCAUGCAUCGCUACCAACCUCGCAUACAUUUAGUACAAUUAAAGGCUGGGCAGAAAGUUCCCACAACACCGGCGGAGAUGCAGAAUUUGAAGUACAAAACAUUUUGUUUCCCAGCCACGGUAUUUACUGCAGUAACAGCUUAUCAAAAUCAGUUGAUUACAAAAUUGAAAAUUGAUUCCAAUCCGUUCGCCAAAGGCUUUCGAGAUUCAUCUGAUUUUGGAAGGUAUGAAGAUCCAAUCGAUGCUCUGCUCCUUGAACAACACAUGAACGCACCAUUCCGUUUCGCCAACGAUGCAUCCCUAUCACAACUGGUGGCACAAGAUGCGAUGGCUUUCGUUGAACGAGCAAAGCAACAUUUGCAAAUGUUCGGUGGUGCUGGUGGUAGUUCGGCAUCACCAUACCAAGAAUCAAUUCUACCGCAAUUAUACCAACGGCCAAACAUUGGUAACCUAAAUCUGGGUUUGUGGCAAGGUUUCUGGCCACAACAAAUACCGCCAGGCUUUCUAGCUGGUAUAGCAACGCAAAAGAAUGUCGCUUCACCUACGCAAAAUUCCAAUGCGGCAGCGUCCGAUUUACGUGAAAAGUAUUUCAAACGGUUUAGUCCUUAUCAAAUUCCCCAAUAUCCACCAUCGUCUGGAAGUCCACCCAAUUAGUUGAAAGUGAAUGUAGUAGCUUUAAAUUUAGAAACAGCUGAGAUAUGACAAAGCAAAGAAAAAAAAAUUAAUCAAAAUGCGGCGUUAAUCGGAAAACAAAAAGUGUGGAGAGAAUAUUUACUCAAACAUGAAAGUGUAUUCGUAUUUUCAUUUUGCAUUUUUUGCUUUAAUUUGAAGCAUUUUUUUUGUGUAAAAAUGUUAAUGUAAAACUGUGAUUUAUUGAACUAGUUUAUUUCGAUAAAAUAAAUUAGAUUUCGUUUUCGUUUUUAAUUCUUUUUUUCGUUUCCUUCCCUUUGUACAUAAUAAAAUAACUGAAUGUACUAUGGCUAUGUAAUGUUACAAGAAAGUGUAUUAAUAAAUUAAAUUAAAAUUAAAUAAGUAAAUGAAUAAAAAUAAUUAAAGAAAAA